AUGCCCCCUAAGACUCGCCAGAGCACUCGUCAGGUCUACCUGCUGCCUCUCACCGAUGCCGGCGCACCGGACGUUCCCCAAGAAUAUAUCUACCUUCCUGCGCCUAUCGAUCCCCCCUACUACCUGAGGUUUGCCAUCGAAGGGACAAGCUCAAUAUGCCGUCAAGGAAGUCUCUGGCUCAAUAUACCCGAACCCGGCCAACCGUUCGAUCGAAAUCAUUUCCGCGAGUACAAGCUGCAUCCGGACUUCAAUCGGACCCUCGAGAUUGAUGUGCCCAUUACCUGCGCUGGAGCAUUUUCCUUCUACACCACCUACACCCCCCUGCCCGAAUUUUCGGUUGAAGAUGUCGAAACGCCUCAGCCGACUCGUACGCAAACCUACUAUGUCGACAUUGAGCCAAAAUUAACCUUGGCCGGUUCGAGCCUGCCCUUGGAUGCUUUGGGCAUUUUCUCGGUCGUCUCUAAGUUCAUGGGCAAAUAUCCGGAGGAUUGGGACAAGCACUUCAGAGGUAUAAGUGCGAGAGGCUACAAUAUGGUUCAUUUCACUCCGUUGCAACAGAGGGGAGAGUCCAAUUCACCUUACAGCUUGUACGACCAAUUGGCUUUCGACGAAGAGCUCUUUCCUGGGGGAGAAAUUGAUAUCGCAAAGAUGGUAAAGUCAAUGGAACAAGAGUACGAGCUGCUAGGUCUGACUGAUGUCGUCUUCAAUCAUACCGCCAACAAUAGCAAGUGGCUAGAAGAGCAUCCAGAAGUGGGCUACAAUAUUGUGACUGCACCGUGGCUGGAGUCGGCACUGGAGCUUGAUGACGCUCUCCUUGAGUACAGCGAGCAGCUCGAGUCGCUCGGCCUGCCGACCGUCUUCAACAGUACUAGUGACCUGGAUCGGGCUGUCGAUGGAAUCAAAGCACACGUUGUCAACAAAAUUCGUUUGUGGGAGUACUUCGUCUGCGACGUCGUAUCCGACACAAAAGCCGUUGUUGACGCCUGGAAAAGGGGAGCCACCAAGCUGCCAAUAGGGGGAUUCGAGGAUGCCGUUGGUGGCGGACUUGAUUCACUGAAAUCAUGGUCACUCUAUCAGAAAGCAAAUUUUCUCAAAGAAAAGGGGCUCCUUAAUGGUCUGCGUAUAGAUGGCCGCUUUUCUCGGAAACUCAAUCCUGAGAUUGCAUCGGCAAUGUUGACGGUUUUGUAUGGACGGUACGAAGAUGGCGCAGAUUUCCAUGCAGCUGAAGAGGCAAUAACGGCAAUUCUAAAUGAGCUGAAUCUUCCUUUCUACCAGGAAUACGAUGCAGACGUUGCGUCUAUCCUCGAUCAGGUCAAAGGCAGAUUACAGUACACUCGGCUGGACCCAAACGGCCCGAAGUUGGGCCCGGUCACCAAGGAAAACCCUUUGAUCGAGACCUACUUUGCUCGACUUCCGUUGAAUGAGACAACCAAGAAGCACGAUCCCAGGUCAUUGUCACUGGCUGUCAAUGGGUGGAUCUGGGCUGCAGAUGCCAUGAAAGACAAUGCGGGCCCGGACUGGCGACCUUACCUCAGAAGGGAACUCAUUCCAUGGAGCGACUGUGUCAAACUGCGGUACGGCAAAGGACCGGAGGAUAGUCCCUACUUGUGGGAGCACAUGACAAAAUACGUUCGACUGAUGGCUAAAUACUUCACCGCCUUUCGAAUUGACAAUUGUCAUUCCACUCCAAUCCAUGUUGCAGAGUAUCUACUCGACGAAGCAAGAAAGGUUCAGCCGAACUUGGCUAUAUUUGCCGAACUAUUUACCGGCAACGAAGAGACCGACUACGUCUUUGUAAAGCGACUCGGCCUCAGUGCCUUGAUUCGAGAGGCCAUGCAGGCUUGGAGCACACAAGAACUGAGCAGAAUCGUGCAUCGUCAUUGUGGACGACCUAUUGGCAGUUUCGAGAUCAAUGUGCCUCAACGAUCGAAGCACCAUCCUAACAGUACUGUUAGUGAAGAUGGGCCAAGGCCCAAAGAGGUAGUCAAGCAUAUCAGACAGAGUCCAGUGCAUGCUUUGUUCAUGGAUUGCACCCAUGAUAAUGAGAUGCCGGCUCAAAAGCGUGACGCGCGAGACACCUUGCCCACAGCCGCUCUAGUCAACAUGUGUGCAUGUGCUACGGGCAGCGUGAUGGGGUUCGACGAGAUAUACCCAAAGCUGGUUGAAAUCGUGCAUGAGCACCGUACGUACACAUCCGCGAGCUCCGAGGGAGAAGUCAAAACCGAUGGGGCGGAAGGAGGAAUCGCCGGGGUCAAGAAGAUCUUGAACCAGAUCCACACUAUGAUGGGCAAAGACGGCUAUGAUGAGACUUUUCUUCACCAUGAAGGCGAACUAAUCACCCUCCACAGGGUGCAUCCAGAUUCCCGCAAGGGAUAUUUUCUCAUCGCACACACGGCUUUUCCCGGUUCGGGUAAUGGCAAUGGUGGUUUGAGUCCCGUCCACCUAGCUGGCACUAAAGCUCGCCAGCUUGGGGCCUGGGUGCUGGAGGUGGAUCAGAGCAGUGAAGCAAAAGAAUCUGCUUUCUCCGAUGAAGAGCACCUCGUUGGGUUACCAUCCCGGGUCAAACAGAUCAAAGGCGCUACUAUCGAGUCUGACAACGGCGACACUACCAUCACCAUAGCAGAUUUCUUCCCACCUGGGUCAAUUGCUCUUUUCGAAACGUGGGUUCCCUCCGCAGAGCAUUCUCUCGGCCUCGGUGCGUUCAUCGCAAGUGGGACAGAGGAAGGCUUUGGAGAACUUGACCACACUGAUCUCAAUUCUGUCCUUUAUCGGUGCGAGGCAGAAGAGCGCGAUUCGAGCUCUGGCCAAGACGGCGUCUACCACAUACCUGGAUACGGUCCUUUGGUAUAUGCCGGGCUUCAAGGAUGGUGGAGUGUCCUCGAGAAUAUUGUCCGACGAAACGACCUUGGCCAUCCUCUUUGCAACCAUCUUCGCGCAGGGCAAUGGGCAUUGGAUUUCAUUGUCGGGCGCCUGGAAAAGAUUUCUGACCGCGAAGGACACUCACAGCUCCGGAAACCCGCCCAGUGGUUCAAAGAGCGGUUUGAUGCGGUACGCCUUAUUCCAAGUUUCCUUUUACCGCGUUACUUUGCUUUAAUCGUCCAGAGCGCAUACAAUGCUGCAUUCAAGAGAGCAAUGGCUUUGAUGAGCACGAACAUUCGACAAGGCCAGGAUUUCCUUCAGAGUCUAGCGAUGAUGAGCGUACAAAUGGAGGGAAAUGUCAAGUCUGCAUCGUUGUGGCCAACUAGGAGUGUGCCCUGCCUUGCGGCAGGAUUACCUCACUUCUCCGUGGAGUGGGCCAGAUGCUGGGGUCGAGAUGUAUUCAUCUCGUUGCGCGGCCUAUUUUUGUGUACCGGUCAAUUCGAAGCAGCCAAAGAGCACAUCAUAGCUUUUGGAAGUGUCUUGAAGCAUGGACUGAUUCCCAACUUGCUGAGUAGCGGUGCGGCUCCCCGGUACAACUCGAGAGACUCUCCCUGGUUCUUCCUUCAGAACAUCCAAGACUACACCAAGAUCGUUCCAAAUGGGCUAUCGAUUCUGCAAGAAAAGGUCCCCCGUCGAUUCCUUCCAUACGACGACACAUGGUUUCCCUAUGACGAUCCCCGCGCGUACUCCACCGAGUCCACCGUGGAGGAGAUAGUCCAGGAAAUCUUGCAACGUCAUGCGUCUGGAUUGUCGUUUCGGGAAUAUAAUGCUGGACCUGAGUUGGACAUGCAAAUGAGGCCCGAGGGAUUCCAGAUUGAUGUACAAGUGGAUUGGAAGACGGGGAUCAUUUUCGGAGGCAAUCAGUUCAAUUGUGGAACUUGGAUGGACAAAAUGGGCGAGAGCGAACGAGCCGGCAGCAAAGGGAUCCCUGGGACGCCCCGAGACGGGGCAGCCGUGGAGAUCACGGGGCUCUCCUACAGUGCACUGCGAUGGGUUUCUGAACUUCACGAGCAGGGGAAGUACCAGUACUCGGGAGUCGUGAUCGACGAGGGAGAAAAGAUCUCCUUCACUGAAUGGGCAGAUCGCAUCAAAGCAAACUUUGAACGGUGUUACUGGAUUCCGGUGGACCCAAGAGAUGAUGUUGACGGUGACAUCAACACCAAGCUUAUCAACCGUCGCGGUAUCUACAAAGACUUGUAUCGGUCCGGGAAACCGUACGAGGACUACCAACUCCGACCGAACUAUUCCAUCGCUAUGACGGUGGCCCCUGAUUUAUUCACGCCUCAGAGGGCACUGGUGGCAUUGAAGAUGGCAGAUGACGUUCUGCGUGGACCAACAGGGAUGGCAACGCUUGAUCCAUCGGACCUGAACUACCGUCCCUACUACAACAACUCGGAAGAUUCGGCGAACUUUGCAACGUCAAAAGGAAGAAACUAUCAUCAAGGGCCGGAAUGGUUGUGGCCAACUGGAUUCUUUUUGCGAGCAUUACUCAAGUUUGACAUCAAGCGACGAGACACUGCCGCAGCUCGGUUAGAAUCAUACCAACAGGUGACACAGCGUUUGGCCGGGUGCAAACAAGCAAUCAAAGACAGUCCCUGGAAGGGGCUGACGGAGCUGACUAACAAAGACGGGACUUUCUGCGCAGAUUCGUCACCCACUCAGGCAUGGUCUGGGGGAUGCUUGAUCGACCUGUUCCACGAUGCAUUGUCAUUCGCACGCGAAGUGAAAGAGGCCAAAACUAAUGGGGUAUAG